AUGGAAAGGGGAAAUUUGAGACAAAUCUCAAAGUUGGUGUAUCAUGCAGGAGAAACUGAUGGAUGGACAUGGAAGGAGAAUAAAGAUGGCAUAUAUACAACAAAAUCUGCUUACUCUUGCUUGCAGGCAGAAAGGAAAGACGGCACGGAAGCAAAUGACAGUUCGAAGACAGCGGCGAUGGUGUGGGAUGCCCCAGCUUUACAAAAAGCUAAAGUGACAGCUUGGCGAGCGCUUCGGAAGAGACUCCCCACGUGUGAUAACUUGAGAAGGAGAAAUAUUGUGAUUGAUGAUGUGGAAAUGAACUGCAACGCAUGUUUUUCACCAGUUGAAACUGUCGACCAUACCCUCUUACACUGUCCCAAGGCCUCCGCUGUUUGGGAUGGUAUCAUGAGAUGGAUCGGUUUACAGUCGGUUCGCCCACAAGGUUUGGAAGCACAUUUUCUUUCGUUUUCACAGCUUGGCAAUGGGAAGAAGUGCACUAAGUUUUUGAAGUCUCUUUGGGUGUGCACUAUUUGGAUUCUCUGGAGACAAAGAAACGCAAGCAGAUUCGAAGCCUCUGACUUUGGUAUCUCUGGUACCAGUUUUUAA